CUCUCUACUUCGGUCUCCGUUUCUACCUCUCCCUGCCUUUCUCUUUCCCCUCCUCUCAUUUCCCUUCUUUCCGCUCUUCCUCCUCAGUCGUCCUCUCUCUCUCUCCAUCUGUCUUUCCCCUCUCCCCUCUCUCUCUGUCUCUCUCUCUCCUUGUCACUUCAUGGCGGGUAGGCAGUGAAUCCCAGAGGGAGGCUGCCGCUGUAUUAUCUGCAUACUCUGGAUGGCUCGCUGGCUGGAGCAUCUGUCUCCUCUCCUCUCCUCUCCUCUCCUCUCCCCCAGUACGGAGGUGCUGGCCUGGCCUGGCUUGGCCCCAUGUCUGCCUGCUCUGCCCAGCAUUGUUGUCAUUCCAUCCCCUGCAGGUGGCUUCCUCCGCUGCUCUGAUCUCCUCUGCUCUCCUCUCUCUUGGAUCAUUAGGCUUAGACUGCGCUGCACUCGUGCUUUGCUUAACAACUGCUGAAGGGGAGCUUUUGAAUUGCACAAACGCGUUACAGUAUCUCACGUUACAGAUGUAUUCAUGUACCACUUUUGGGAGUAGUUAUUAUGUGAUAGAAUUCAAGACCGUAAAGAGCUAGCUCACCAUAAAGAGCUGGCUUGCCUGCCCUACAUUUUUGUCAUUCCUGCUCAUGCAAGUGCCAAGUUCAACAGUCCAAAAUGAGAUAAAAUCAACUGCAGUUUAACUUGAGCAAAAGACCCUCCUAUCCUAUCCUAUCUAUUGAUAAAUUCAUUGCUGUCUGAAUUCCAGUGUGUGUUUAGGUUGAGGGGAUUGGCAUAAAUGAAACAUGGGGAAAGUAGCAGGUUUUGAUGUCUCCGUCUGGCCGGCAUUGCUGCCAUUCCUCCUGCUGCAGGUGGCCAGCAGCUCUCCUCUCCUCUCCUCUCCUCUCCUCUCCUCUCCUGUGCCUGGUGGCACAGCAGCUAUGUGAAACAUCAGCCCUUAUGAAAUACAAGAGCCUCCUCUGACCCUCACACCACUAACCUUUAAUGCCAUCCUCACAGUCCCCGCCCCAGGGCCAUACAGUGACUGUAAACACAAAGGGCACUGGUUUGGUUUGAGCUUUUUUCUUUCCUUUAUAUCCUUUUUUGUGAGUGCUUUUUUUUUUGGAGUGGCAGGUCAAUGGCCUUCAUCACUCCUCUGCUCAAGCACUCAUCGUUUGUCUCGGCUUGUUUGGCUUAAUUCACUUCUGCCAAGGUUAGCCAACUGCCACAGCAUCACAGGAUUUAUUGAGAGUUGUCUCGAACGUGUAGGACACGCAGGUGUGUUUUAGUACCUGCUUGGCAGCUGUGCCGUUAGCGUUUUCUGUGAGUUGAAAGGCGAAUGGAAAACGCCCCCGGAGCACAUUUCUUGGGAAAUGGAAGCACUCAAGGAAUGAGAUUGCGCCAGGACUAAUACUAAAGAUGGCUCCUUGUUUGUGUGGUAACCAUUUCUUUUGUUUUUUGAACCACGGAACCAACUGCCAGAGUUUGCCUUUGCCCAUUGGAUCCUAUCUGGAUUUGAUCAGUUAGCCCAGUGGUUAGCUUUCUCCACCAGUGUUGCCAACAGGAUGUACUGGGGCAAGAGAGAGGUGUAUGGCUCUAUUCCCAGAAAGUGAUGAUGGAUGUAAGAUUGCAGCUACUCCUUUUCCUGGCCAUUUAUUGAUAGGCCUAGUUUCCAAAGCAAUGAACUUUAAAUCAUAUUGCGGUAAUGCAGCUGUGUAGGGUAAAUGGACUUCAUAUAGUAUCUUUUUUGUACUCACAGGGGAGCAGUAUGAAGACUAAAGAAACAAAUGCUGGAUUUCCAGAAGCAUGAAGACUUGUGACAGUGCCAAAAGGAGAAGCUUUUGGAACUGUGAACUGUGAGGAGGCGUGUGUAUCCCAUGUUGCACUAGUGUUGGUGUGAAAUGCUGGCCUGUCUGCCAGGGCCAGGUGACCUCUCCCUCCAGCUUCUCUCCCACACGCAGAUGAACACUGGACUUCAGAAAUGGGACACUACACAGAGGAUGAGAUCCGCCCAGUAUCCAACCCCUGCGGAAUUGGAUGCUUAUGCUAAGAAGGUCGCCAACAGCCCACUCAGCAUCAAGAUCUUCCCCAACAGCAUCAAGGUCCCCCAGAGGAACCACGUGCGGCGCACCGUCAACGGCUUGGACACAUCCGGUGGAGGCCCCCACCCCACCACCCGCUACAGCCCCUACCCUCCCUCUGCCGCCUCCUCCUCCUCCUCCCAGGCCGGUGUCACCAAGGCCGGCUUGCUGGCCAUCGUCAAGCUCCCCCUUGCCAAGGGCGUCGUCAAGGACUUUGACGGCAGCCGAGCACGUCUGCACCCGCCGCACCCCCACCCACACCAGGACACCAUCAUGACCACCGGUCCUGUUGUUGCUCCUCAUCGAGGUCCCUACGCCAACGCAGCAGCUGCAGCAGCCGCCGCCUCGGCCUCGGCCAGCACUUUAAACCUCCACCAUCACCCCCAUCAUCCGCACCAUCCACACCAGGCUCCAGGGCUGCAGAGGGCCCCAUCGCAACAUGCACAGCCCCAGCAGCACCAUCCACCACGGCCCCAUCCCCAUCCCCAGUCUACAGGUCCAGGGCUGGCCCAUGCACAGACUCUCCAGCCGCCUCAGCAAGCGCACCACCCAGCAGCAGUAGGUCUCAGGCACCCCCAAGCCCCAGCUGCUUUGACUGCAUCCUCCAUGGCCCAGCACACCCAGGGCCUCCCCCAGCCCCAUCCCCAGCCUCAGACUCAGACGCUCCCCCAUCUCCCACGCGGUGUCCUGGGUCAUCACCCAUGCCAGGUGCCCCCCGCUGCCUUGCUCCAGCAGCAGCAGCAGCACCAGCACCAGAACCCCCAUAAUCCACCACAUCUACAGCACCUUCAUCAGCCCCCUCCUGGCAUCGUAGGCAGGAAGAUGCCCGAGGGCGAUGCCCCUCCCAACGUGACCGUGUCUACCUCAACCAUUCCGCUGUCCAUGGUGGGGGCGCUGCACCACACCGGGCAAAGGGGAGGUGGCGGUGGCGGAGGGCCGGUGGUCAGGCAUCAACAGCCACACCACCAACAGCAGCAGUCACAGCCACCACCGCCAGACCUGAGCAGCAUCGUGCACCAGAUCAGCCAGUUCUGCCAGACGCGGGCGGCACAGCAGCAGGCCCCGGGCCAGGGCCAGGGCUCGGCCACCACCACGUCCAUGUGCGAGGGCCAGAUCGCCAACCCCAGCCCCAUCAGCCGCAACCUGCUCAUCAGCGCCAGCUCCCGCGUCUCCAUGCUCAACAGCAACAAUAACAACCACCCACAUCAUCAACACCACCCACACCACCAUCCGGCACACCAACAUCCUCAUGGGCCCCCAGCCUGCGGCAUCACCCCCAUGGACAACAAGGCUGCCGCUGCUGCUGCUGCUGCUGUCGCUGCCACCGCUGCUGCCCACCCUCGGGCCCCCCCCGGCACUCAGGCUCCGCUGGGGGCCAGUAUGGCCUCCCAGAACAUCAACCACCGCAUAGCUGCUGGGUACCACCACCGUGGAGACAACAUGAAGGCCCAUCCGCAGCAUCUCCAACAAGCACCGCCGUCCAACCAACACCUCCAGCACCAUCAACUUCAGCAGCAGCACCAUCAGCAGCUGCGCCCGUGGAACCCAACUCCCCAGCUGGCCCACCUGCAGCACAUACCUGAAGGUGGUGGUAUUGGGGGCGGAGGACACCGGCCGAGCAAGCGCCCGGCCCGGGACCACCCUCCCGGCUUCCCCUGCAAGGGGGUAGCUGCCUACCCCUCGGAGAUGUGUGGCCUUGAAGGUGGCGGUAGUGUUGGUGGGCACCCCUACCCCUUCAAAGCCCUGAUGGACAAGCCCACCCCUUCACCCCCCGUGCUCCACAACAAUAGCAAUGGUCUGCCGCCGGGGCCGCAUUAUACCAACGGCCACUACUUCACACAGCAGCCACAGCAGCAGGUGUGGAGCAGCAUCCUCCCCACGCCCAACAGCGACAGCUCCGGGUCCCAGGACCUGGCCACCAUGCCAUUCCACAGCGCGGUGUCUGGACCCUGCAACAACCACACCAACAACAACUCCUCUGCCACCACAGCCAUAGACUGCGGAGGUGGAGGUGGAGGUGGAGGAGGAGGUCAUCACUACAGAUCCUCUUCCUCCUCCUCCUCCACCUCUCUCUCCUCUGCCCUCAUCACCUCCUCCUCCACCACCACGGGCCAGACUAAUCUGAUGCAAACGGCGGCGGUGGUGGAUUACUUGGGCGGGGAUUUCCAGACGCCCUGCUUCCCCGAUCAGAAUCUAGGGCUGAUGGGAAAGAUGCACAGGCCACCGCUCCCCUUGGGCAGCCGGCCAACCCCGCACACUCUCCCCGUCCCCCUGUCCCUCCCCCUCCUGGACGCCCGCGGCCAGCACCCAGGGUACAGAUAAGCUAGAGCCAAGUCUCCAAUACUGCAGUUAGCCAACACAACACAGUGCAACACAAAUACAGUACAGUACAGCACAUACACCUUCUGUUUAGUCUUAAACGUGAAAAGCGUUUCAAACCAAAACGUAAAAGAACUGCACCACAUACAUACACACGCAAGAGUACAGAAGAAUACAAUUACAAUAAAAUGAUGACAACUUAAAAAGUUAACUUUUAAAAAAGAAUACAUAAAUACAUUUAACAAAGCAGUGUUUUUCUUUCUUUCUUUCUUUUUUCUUUCUUUCUUUUUUAAUGUCAAUCUUGCAAGUGAUCAAUUUUCUUUUUUUUCCUUCCAGUUAUCAUUUUGAAAGAACCACGCACCUUAUAUUAUAAACAUUGUUGUUUUACAGCAUCAUUCCUGUCCUUAUUGUUCCUCCUACCCUUUGUGUGUCCCUGUUUAUUUUCUGUGCCUGAAUUUAGAAGUGCAUCAGGUGUAACCUAUACCAGCCUGUUAGAGCAUGGUGUGGAACGUUAGUAAACCUUCCUGCUGAAGCCCCAUACAGAUACCAGAUACGCUACUGACUUGGCUAGCAGUCUGGCUUUCUGCUCACUUGCUAGCACAUAUACCUCCCAUCCCAGACUUUCCUGUAAGCUUGUGAGUUCCAGACUGUGUCCAGACAAUAACCCUGGUUGAAUGAGAUAAGAAACAUUUCAUCCGCCUAUGAGCCGAAUAGGUUCGUGUUCUGAUCUGGAGGAACAUGUGUCGGGGACACCAGGAUGUUCCCUGAAAGGCUCCAAGUGUUCUUUCCUGAAAGACUAGCACAUCAAGGUUCCAUUUCAGUGAAGAGCUUCACCUCCUCUCAUUUGUCACGAUGUCAAGAAUUGGCCCUUUCACCGUGACGUCUGACAAGUUUCGUUUUUGAAUCGAAGCGGGUAUAUGAUUUAGCGGUUUGAGACAAUUCAAUGGCAUAUUUUGUGUCUAUGACACUGAAUGCAACUUUGACCUGCUUUGGAAUGCUUUGAAAUGUUUAGUGUUCGAAGGUGUAUGUCACAUGAAAUGGGCCCAUUGACUCAUGAUGGUGAGCCUGCACUUCCCUAGUGCUCUCUCUCCUCUCAAGGAAGCAUGGGGCCUUCCUAUUGGUCAGUCAGCAGGUAAAGGCUAAACUGACUGCAUGGGCAGGUGUAUAGAAGGCACACUUUUUGUGAAAAAUAAACAUUUAUAGCUUUGCAAUCAGGAGUCAGGCCUUUGUGCUGAUGCAUAGAUAGUCAGUAAGUAAGUACUACUAAAGUACUAUUACAUCAAUCUGUUAGUCUUUUUUUAAAUCAUAUUUUGUUGUUAUCCAUAUUUAUCGAGCAGGGAAUUGAUGUGGAUGUGCAUAUUUUCUCUCAAAGAAAAAUAAAGGAUUAUUCAGGGGUGCGUUCCUAUCUUGUGUCUGAAAUGCCAAAUGGCUUGGCAGUAAGACUGGAUAUACCUUUUAACAUACACAGGAAAUGCAGUAGAAAACAAAAAAUGCCUCGUCAUUAUUAUGUCCUGUGGGGCUUACGUUUGAUCAUUGUAUAGUGCAAUUGAUUUCAAAGGGGUGCCAUUUAUAUAUUUUUUUGUUACAGAUAAUAGAAAAAAAUAUUACUUGAAUGAGUUGUGAGGAAUGAAAAUCUUACAGAACUACUGAGUGUGCAUUACGAGAUUGUUACUAACAUUGUUCUAGAGCCUAACCACGAACCAAAUAUGUUGGAUCUCUCGUUCGUUUGUUCAUUUGUUCCACAAGCUGUUCUUUUGGAGUCAUUUGUAGCGUGCUACUGAAUCUGCACAGACCUGUUUGCGUGUUUGUGUGUGUGUGUCUGUGCUUGCAUGCAUGCGUGCACUUGACGACACCAAAUUGAUCACUUGCAAGAUUACUCGUGGGUAAAAUGAAAAGGACUUUUUAAGUUUAAAAAGUGAAACAGCAAAUGUAUUGUUUAUUUUAUUGUACACUGGCUUAUCUACUAUACUACUGUAACUUUGAAAAAAGGUGUACUGAUUGUGUUUGAUUAUUGAAUGAAUGUUGUGAUGGAAUUGAAGUGAAUGUGUGUGUGUGUGAGUGUGCAUGUAUUGUAUGUUUGUGUGUGCAAGCAUGCACACGUGUGUAUGUGUGUGUGAGUUGCGUGCUAGUUUGUGGGUAGAGUGGAUUCUCCAAUACCCACUCUGUGUUUGCCUCCCUCCUAAACAGCCCUUACAAAGCCUUAAGUAUUUUGGUCCUUGGACUUUCCUUUGAAAACAAGCAUGGUUAUACUGAAACCUAUAACGAUAAUGAUUAUGAAGACAAUAGAGAAUACAAAUGAACAGCAUUCUUUUUCUUUUUUAAAUUUUCAUUAAUUGAUGCUUUUGUUGAAUAGAGAAAAAAGCAAUUCUUUAGAAUUACUUUGUAAUGAAAACAAAGCGAAAAGCCGAAAUAAUAUUUUAUUGUAAUUUUGUUUUAUAGCUAAAAGUAGUUUUUCUGGGCUGUAACAGAUCUUUUUAUUCCACGUUUCAAAAGCUUCAGUUUUGCCAUUUGUGACUAUUUAUAAUUAUGGACAUGAUUUCCUUGUUAUUUAAAUCUUUUUUUCCUUGUUUUGUUCCUUUUGCUGUUGCUGUGAAAAUGAGGAAGGCCUUGUAGUCUUUCUCAUAAUGUGUCACUCUGUGGCUGUACGAUUGAUGAGGAAAGCAAAGUGUGAGAAAGUUGUGCUACUCUUUUUGUAAUAUUGUAAUAAUAAAAUAAAGUUCUAAUUUAUGCUUUCAA